GUAAGUUUGCAGUCAACAGUGGUGUGGUGUGAUGUGAGCAAGGAGGUUUGAAAAUCAAUUGGUUUUUAACCUCCUUGGUUUCAUUCUGUGUUUGCCAAGUAUAAUGUUCCCGACACAUGUGCAAUAGGAGUGAGAAUGGUGAUCCUUCUGCUGCGAGAACCCCGGGAAGGAAAGGGAUCUGACCCUUAUGAACAGGAAUUUUCAGCAGCUGGUCUGCAGGUAAAAUCUAUAGAAGUCUUGAGUUUCGAGUUUUGUAACCUUCCUGAGCUGAGGAGUCUUCUCAAGAAGCCUGAGGAAUUCUCAGGGAUGGUCUUCACCAGUCAGAGGUCUGUAGAAGCUGUCAGGAGAUGUCUGCAGGACGAGGAUCAAAGCCUGCCAGGAGACUGGAUGAGCAAGACUACAUUUGUAGUAGGCACUGCAACAGCAGCGGCAGCCAGAAGCCUCGGCCUUACUCCAAGCGGAGAAGAAUGCGGGACGGCCACUCAACUGGCUGACCUCAUCACUCAAAAGUUCCCAACAAAUGGCAAAGCUCUGCUGUUUCCCUGUGGGUUUAUGAGGAGAGAGACUUUGCCUAUGGCUCUUUCUGCUGCAAACAUCCCACUGACAGAGCUGAGAGUAUAUCAGACUAUUGCACAUCCUGACAUUGAGAAGAGGCUGCAGGCUUAUAUAAAUGAGCAGGGAGUCCCAGAGUUCCUUGUGUUUUUCAGCCCAUCUGGAGUUAAAUUUUCCCAGCCUGCAUUGCAAAAACUUGCAGCCAAUGACCUGAGCAAGAUAAAGAUUGCUGCCAUCGGCCCCACCACAGCCGAGGCGCUGACCUCAGCAGGCCUGUCGGUGGCCUGCACAGCAGAGAAACCCAACCCAGAGUCCUUACUGGCUGCAAUCCAGGCUAACAGAGCUGCACAGGCCACUGAAGGUCCCACCUGAUGAACUGUCCUCUAACUCUGGAUCAGACAAGUGCCUCCUUCACAUCAUGCUCUUUACCAAGGAGAAGACCCAUCUCCACACAAGAUACUACAUCCCUGUAUAAUGCUAUACAUAUAAACCUAGGCCUACUCCACUCUAUUCAACUGGUGACUGCUUUUUCAUUAUUUAUGAACAUUGUACCUGGUGUAGAGACCGAAGCUACAUCAGAAAGACUUAAGUAUAUGUUCAUUAGAUAAUGGUAGACAAGUAAGUUUGCUUUCUUUGUUGGUCCCAGAAUUUUUAAGAAGUGAUAUGGUUGUUUUAUGUGAGAUCAAAGCAGAGUAGAAGCUGCAAGAGCUCCUGGCAAAAGGAGACAGGGCUCCUCCACCAUUUGCUGGCUUUCCCUGGCAUCCUCCAAUCCCUGCUGCAAUGUAAAACAGCGGAUCUGAUUGCACCUUGAUAGAGAGAAAUUCCCGGGGAGUUAGAGGCAUUAGGUGCCCUAAUACGUGGGUAUUCCUGGUAGCCUACCCUGAUGAACUCUGCCCGGCUCUUUGGUGUUCCGUUCCGGCUGUGGCUCUGGGAUUGAACUCGACUGAGCAGUCUCUACGUCUUUGUGGAAGCCUACGUGAGGUAAACAUGUGUACAGGAAAGAGCAGCUUGCUGUGAAGGAUUUGCCCUGUGUGGCGUCUGUCAGCUUGUGAGAGACAAAGGAUUGUAGUAGCAGUACCGAACUUCAUUCUCCAAGGACGCCGAGUUUAACAGAUCUCCUUUGUGGCUUCCUCUUUGAAAAGUGCAGCAACAUCGGAGAAUUUGCCCUGUAGGGUUUUUCCGUCCACCAGAAGCAAGGCUUUCCCUUGUGGUGUUGUUAUCUUUUCCACUAACUCCCAUGAUGCCAUGUCCUGUUCUGUAUCUCAUGUAUCAUUCCUACCAGAAGUGGAAAGCUAAUAGUAUGUAUUGAGAGGAGGGUUGUAAGUUUCUCCUUCAUACAAAUACCUAUGAACAGAGUGAAAACAGAAAUGUCUGUGUCACUCCCUAACUUACAAACAACUGUGGUAACCUUUCAACCCAUCCUGGAAACGUAUAUAUCAUAGACGUAUCUGCAGAAUUACAAGUAUGCUAGUACCUGUUCACAUGAUUAGUGCAAACAGAUUGUACGAAGAUGAUAUAACAAUAUUGAUGACACAGUUUAAAAUAGUCAACAUUCUUUCCUGAUAGUGUCAACUGUAACUGUUGAUAUCUGGACUGAUGUUACAACACUGGUGUCAUCAGCAAUAAUAGAGUACUUCUUCUUCGCUGGCGUAUUUAUUUACGCAAUUAUGCAGUACGUAGUGAAUGUUUUGCCUGUGUUUUACAUGUUCUUUGACCAUGUCUGCUUGUGUUGAAAUUAAAUUUUAAAGACACUCGUAAAUUUGUCCUUCCCAUGUAUCUUAAGGGGGGGGAGGAAGCAGUUGGGACCUGAGCACACCUGUUGGCCCACCUGGUAUGUCAACAAUUCUCACAAUGUAGUUAGGGAACACACCGUAAUCUGACAUGUCACUGAAGACGGGUAAUUUCCUGCCGCCCCAUUCAGGCCUGGUAUGUACAAAGGACGGCAAUUUCUCGGAUGAGUGGCAAUUUCGGAAAAACUGCGGAUGGGCGGAAAGCACGGAACGUCAUCACAGUUAAAUAUAGCUCUUAUAUAUGUCUAUUUAUGUGUACAUCUGGGUGUGGUGACAGGUAAUUGUAUGACAAAGAAGAGGAAGUGAUCAAGGAAAGAAAAAGGCUAGCAUUGAUCCUACAUGUACUACUACUUGCAUUUCUAUACACACACUCAGGCACAGAUGCAUAUGCCUCCCCUGCACGCACACUCAUGUGCGCGCGCACGCUCGCACACGCACGCACG